UCGAAACAGCUGAGACGUGAAGCGUGCUGAGUGAAUUGUGAAACCUAACACCUUGACUGCUAUUCGUCCCUCGUGCGCACGUUAGCUCCACGCUUUUAAAAUUAGACGAUUUAUUUUUACAGCCUGCCUGCUGCCAGUCGUUCAGUUAUUAUCAAAGGGGAAAAAAUCCGCUUUCAGCCGCUACUUGAGGCCCGCCGAGUUCCUCAUCUCCUGAAAUAAUCUCGUAUGAGCCUUUUCUGAAGUCCGGCUCUGGCCAGGCGUCUUCCGUAAAAAGUCGGAUGCUGGGGAAAAAAGCUGCUUCCGCGAUCCGCAGCCAUGAAGGGAGUCACGAUGAAAAAGGGCUCCUUGAUCCACUCGGAAAAGCCCUUCGUCCACGUGCUGUCGACCAACCACAGAAAGGACAGAUGCGAUAACUGUUAUUCUGGAUGUGAAUUGCUGAGGUGUUCUGGGUGUGAAUAUGUAAAAUACUGUGAUAGCACCUGCCAGAAAAAUUCUUGGACUUUUCACAGAAAUGAAUGUUUAAAUUUGAAAAAGUUGCCUCCGAACCGAGAAUUGCCCAACGCUGCCAGACUCUUGGCACGAAUCAUUAUGAAGCUCAAGAGAGGUGGAGGACAUGAGAAAGGUUUCUACUCUAAAAACCGGUUUAGGAUGUUCAAGGAUUUAAUGUCUCAUUACUCUGACAUCAAGGAAGACAAGAAGAAAAUGGAACACUCGAACUGCCUCUAUCACGUCCUCUCUGAUUUCAUGGGACGGGAAAAUCUGCCAAAUUUCCCCGAGUUUGUCGGCCUGUAUGGAAGGGUGACUGUAAAUAGUUUUAACGUCCUUGAUCUUGACAUGACAACCCUAGGGACAGCUGUUUAUCUCGGCGCAUCUACAAUCGAUCACUCUUGUGAACCCAACGCUGUCGCCACAUUUGUCGGGACUACCAUUCAUAUAAGAACUGUUGCUGACAUCGAAGAUUAUGAUUGGAGCAAGGUUAGGAUAUCGUACAUUGAUACAUUGAAAAACAGAGCGGAAAGGCAUCUGGCACUGUGGUCGCAAUACUAUUUCGAGUGCGACUGUACAAAAUGCAAUUUGAAAAAUGACCAAAGAGUUGUUGAGUCUUGCAUUCAAUGUCAGGACUGUUCGGCACCUGUAAAUGUAGAUAAGGAAAACGUGAGUUGUACGAUGUGCGGCUGUAAGGUACCAGAAGAGACAGUUCUUCUUUACAAAGAAGUAAUUAAUUUUACAACACAUCAAUAUGAAUUAAUGGACCAAAUUGCUUAUUUUGAUUCUUGUAAAUUAUGCCUUGCCAAGAUGGAAGGUCUAGUCCACCACAACAAUAUAAUUUAUGUACAAACUCUAGAUCUCGCUUUUGAGAGUGCGAUACAACUCCAGAAAUGGGACGAAGCCAUCGAACUAGGACAGAAAUUAACAAAUGGCUACAAAUUAUAUUGCGGCCGGUAUAGUCCGUUGCUAGGUUACCACUAUUUAAAGUAUGGCAAGAUCCUCCUGUACAACAACAAUACCACACAGGCGCUGGAAAUGUUCGAAGCCGCUAGCGACGUGUUGAAAGUCACCCAUGGAACCGAGCACACGUUGUACAAACACAACCUUAUGCAUCUCAUGCUCGAAACGAAAACCCUUCUUUAUUCUAUGUCUUAAAAAGCCACCUGAAUUGUUACACUUUUGUGUAUGUAAAUCGACUGCAUUUUUUUUGUUUGUCGUAUUGUAUUUGAGAUAUAAACACAGUGAUAAAUUCACUAUAAAUAAACAAAAGCCGGAAAUUUGAAUGAAAAUGGUUUAUAAAAUAGAUCAAAUAUUAUUUACUGCAUGUGCUUAGUUUUGAAAAAAGCUUUCUUAAAUUUAAUUUUGUUUUACCCCAACUACUGAACUACCUAUAUAAACUCAUUGUCAAUUAUGUAUAAAAGAAGAUAUGUACUUUUCAUUAAAAAAUUAAGUUUUGCAUAAUCUUCAGGAACAACUUUUUUGUAAAUAACAUUUUUAAAUUUUUUUUUUAAUGAUAAAAAGAGCAAUUGGAUAGCAAUUCGUGUUUCAUUUCAUAAGACCUUUUAAUAGUUUGAAUGCGAUAUUCAUAGAAAAACAUACUUGCAUUUUUGUCUAUGCAGCAAAUUGCCUAUUGUCAUUUAUGUUCAAGACGCAAUGUAGUUGUACAGAAAAGUUGUUCAUGAAAAAUGUACAAGGCUUCUUCCUAUUUCUUCAUAAGAAGCAUAUAUCAAAAUGUUUCCAAGACAAAAGAUGUGAUAUUUAGGAUAAGGUAAAAGUUCAGUUUGGCAAAAAGAAAUUCAAUAAUUUUAUGACUGUUUUGCAUUCAUUUUCUAGUUUUGAUUAAUUAUUUAUAAUAAAAUACCUAAAAUAAAUUAUUUUGCGUUUGUGAAACUUGUGGGAUAGGUUGGCAAAAAGACCGGUAUCUAUAAGCGAUCAAAUUUAAAUUAGUGGACAAUACUAUCCUACAAUUGAACAUUUCAGUUUAUACUUCUUUUUUUUUUCUUUUUAUUUUAAACAAAUUAUUAAUUCCAAAAUGGAAUAUAAAUUUGAAAAAUAUUUUUAUAUUUGAUAUUUUCAUAAUUUAUGAGAAUCUCAUUAUUUCGUGGCUGACGAAUAAGCUGCAAUCUAAAACUUUUAUUUAUGCAAAUUAGGUGAAAUUUUGUUCUGAACUAACAGGAAUUAUUAAGAAUGAUUUAUUUUAUAAAAUAUAUUGACAAGUAGUGAUUUGUGUUAUGAUUAUAAUGAAAGUUUAUUGUUUUGA